GAGAACCAGAAGAUUAGAGAGUUUUUGGAAGAUGAGAGAGAGAGAAAAAGAGAGAGAUUUCAAACAUCAAAACAGGGUUGUUGUUGGAGUGAGAAGAUCAGAGUUUGCUGUUGAAUUGAAGUGGCAUGUUGUGUUUUUGACUGAAAAUUUUUUUUUGUUUUUUCUUCUUUCUUUUUUUUCAUCCUUUUUUUGUUUUUUUUUUGUGUUAAAUAGUUUUUCAUUAUCAUCCAUCAUCACGGAGUAUUUACGGAAUACCAGUAGUAACCCAAAAAUGAAAGCCAGCCGUAAAAGGCGCGGUAAUUUGCCAAAGGAGUCUGUCAAAAUUUUACGUAUCUGGUUGUAUGAUCAUCGUUAUAAUGCUUAUCCUUCUGACCAGGAGAAGUUGUAUCUCUCUCAAGCUGCCAAUCUCACCGUUCUCCAAGUUUGUAAUUGGUUCAUUAAUGCUCGUCGUCGUAUUCUUCCAGAGAUGAUUCGUAAAGAGGGCAAUGAUCCUUUAAUGUACACUAUUACUCGUAAAAGUUCUAAUCGUCGUCAAAAUAACAAUUCAUCUGACUCAUUUUUUCAUGGCUCAAAUUCAUCUUCAUCUGACGAAAAUUUUGCAUAUAUUUCAAAUAAUGUUGCCGUGGAGGACGCUAAUAUGACUGAGUGCAAUGAGGAUACUGAGAGUGACAUAGAUGUUUAUUCUGAUGAUUGUAGUAUUAGCAGCACUUCCUCAUCCACUCUUACGUUCACUAGUACAUUUAGUCCCGCACCAUCAACAACAUCAUCCAGCGGUAAUUCUUCAUGGAACGCAGAACAUCAUCCCAUUAAAUUAUCACAGCGUUGGAGACGCAAUCACGAACAAGAACUUCGUAACAGACAGGGUAACAAUCGACCUGGUAUGGAAUCUAACGGAGAAGAUUUGAGAGCUUCUCCAUUGGACACCUUAUCACGAACUUCACUCCAGUUUUCCUGUAGUCCACCCAACAAGACCAAAGCCAUAGCUUCAUGGCUAACACAGAAUGACCCACAACUUGGGUGUCAUGUUGUUGACCUACCCGCUAUCCAUCCUGUCGAUAUUUGUAAUGCUGAUUCAGGUAUCGUCUCAUCAGAUUCACCAUCUUCAGCACCUUCAUCUCCAUUAAGCUCAUCAACAUCAUCCUCAACUUUAUCAAACUUAUCAGUCUGUUCAUCAACUCUGUCAUCCUCAUUUCCAUCUCCAUCCAACACAUCUGACAUUAGCUCACCAAACAACGAGGAUCCUUUCUGUUGCCUUCACAUUCUUGCUGCAGCCGCAUGCAGUGAAUUAGAAAAACAAUCUAUGCUUUAAAAAAGUGUGUACAUUACUGUACUUUCAUCGAACAAACUCUCAAUCAAUGAAAAGUUUGACGUAUUUUGCAAUUCAGAGAAUGCUAAAUUUAUCAACAAAACUUUUUUUUCAGCCACAAUCAAUAACAAUCAUCAUUUAAAUUUAAAUGUGAAACUUUUUUCACUUUUCCAUUACACGCUUGAAUAUGUUUAAAAGUUUUCUCUUUUAAACAAAUUUACCAUUAAUAUCACCCCAAAACCCAUUACUAGAGUUGACAUUUCUCAGUUCAAUCGCGCUCCAAGUUAAAUAUGUAUCUUUCAAAAUUCGCGCUCAAUCCUGUUCAUUAUUCAUUAUCAGUCCAUUCUAGUUUGUCAACAGUGUUAUUCUUUGGUUAAACAAUUUCAUUUUUUCAUUAGAAACCUCAUCCUUAAUUCUUGUGCCUAGGUUUAGUCAUUUUAUCUAUCCAUCUUAUGUACUUUAUCAGACUUAGUGUGAUGUCUUGAAUCACACCUUGUGUAUUAUAAAAAAGGGACGACAAACUUUAUUGGAUUGACUGUAUUUUUACAGUUUUCAAAUUUUCAAAUUAAAAACAAAUUAUAUGUGUUA